AUGUCCUCCCUUGCAUCGUUGCCUCUCAAGAGAUUUUCAACCUGUGAAAUCUCCGAUGCACUCAUUAAAAUUGGCCUCCCACAUGGAGGCCACAUCCCCGAUAUUCGCAUGAUAUCGCCUCAGUCUGGGUCAACGCGCAUAUGUGGUCCAGCAUACACCGUGCAAAUGGUCAUGAAGUCGGACACAACCUCGCCCAGCCUCACUGCCCAUUUUGUUGACACUGCUCCGGAAGGCUCUGUAAUUGUCAUUGAUGCCCCUCCUCAUGCAAAGAACGCUGUCUGGGGUGGCCUCAUGACGGCGGGUGCGAAGGCACGGGGUGCCCUUGGUGUCAUUAUCUCCGGGCGUUGCAGGGACAUUGCCGAACAUCGCGAAGCUGGUUUCCCUGUCUUUUCUAGGGGCCAAUCUACGUUGGGCCAGUCGCCGUUCACUCGACCAUCCGCAGUCAACAUUCCUUUGAUAAUUUCUCCUCAAGGUGUGAGUGGGAAUGAUCCGGAGGCAUUUCCUGCCGUGCGAAUCGAGCCGGGGGAUUGGUUGAUUGCGGAUGAAGAUGGUGUGGUAUGCGUUCCCACUGGUCUGGCAGCCAAGGUGGCGGAGUUGGCAGAUAAAGGGAGGCAAAUUGAUGUGAAAUGCAUGGAGGAUCUUGUUGCUGGUGAAGGGAUUCAGGAGACUUUCAAGAAGCAUAGAGGAAAGUAG